AUGGAGAUUGUGUUAGACAAAAGCAGUUUGCCGGAGUCAGAAAGAGAUUUGUUAGAAAACAAAACAAUCGUGGUUCUUGGGGACGAACAGGUCAAUGACAAAUGGAUUCGGUCUACCCUAACGAACUAUGGAAUCAAAUUGAUCCUGGUUGAAACUGAGUCCGAUAUUGCUCCACAUGGGGAGGUCUACAAGUAUAUACAGUAUGAUUUCACUGACCAUCGACAAGACGAAACACAUGCCGACAGAAUAGCGCAGAUAUUGACAGCUCUUGAGCUCUCCAUCAAUGGAUGCUGUACUUUCACUGAUAAAUGCGGACCACUAGCUGCUUAUUUAUGUGAGAGGCUAGAGCUGACUGGAGGUGCCGGCGUAUUGGGAGCGACGAAUGUCAGGAGCAAAAGUUCAACACACAUGUACCUACAGAAAGAAACCAACGGUGUUCGACAGUUCCCUCGAACUUACCAGUUCUCUGGCAGAUCUGCUAAGAUCACAUGCGCAGAAUCACUGAGAUCUGCAGAAAAGACUGUUGGAUUUCCAGCGGUACGUAAACCGGAUAAAGAAUCAUUUGCUUAUGGAGUUCAUCUGAUUCGGAACAAAGAGGAAUAUGAACGUCUGGGGGAGAAACUCGCAGAUGGGAAUUCAAUGAUGAUAAUGGAAUAUUUUGAUGGCACUGAACACGACAUUGAUGUAAUCAUUUAUGAAGGAGAAGUCAUCGCCGCCAUUGUGUCAGACAAUGGUCCUACAAGAAAAGGAUCCUUCGUGGAAACGUCUAUGUCAAUGCCAACGUGUCUACCUCCAUCCAAGGCCGCGCAACUCAGGAGAGCAGCAUCGCACUGUUGUAUUGAUAUCGGCCUCCGUAAUGGCGUUUUUAACGUAGAGAUGAAGUUUACGUCCACAGGUCCGAAGCUGCUGGAGAUCAAUGGGCGGAUGAAUGGGAUUUAUAUCCGAGACUGGACAUACACUUGCUUCGGAUUCGAUCCGCUUUGGUAUGUGAUGGUUAUUGCUUCAGGAAUCCGACCACCAGUUCCGAUAGAAAAAUCAGACGUCCACAUGAUGGGUAUCACAUGUGCUUGGCCUGUACACCAACAUCUUCUCUGUCAAAAGCAAUUUGGGACACAAAUUGAUGAUCUUAUCAAGUCUGGUGAAAUUCAUUUCUUUGGUAAGAAGUUCUAUGACCGUGAAGAUAGUAACACCGGAAAUGCCGUGCUUGUUUGCAACGUUGCAGUUGUUAAGCAUGACUUACCACACGCAAAAUCGGAACUCCUUAAAAUAUGUGAAUUGUUGGGUAUUCACACGUCACUCUUUGAUGUCCCGAAAUACUUAUCAGAUUUCGUCCAUUCCAAUUCCUUGAUGUGA